AUGCCACAAUCGGGAGAAGACUGGAGACGGAUAGCCCAGCAAUUCCACAGCAAAUGGAAUUUCCCAAACACGCUAGGUGCUAUAAACGGGAAACAUGUAGCAUUGAUGGCUCCCAACAACAGUGGGUCGUUGUACUAUAAUUAUAAGAACUUUUUUAGUAUUGUGUUUAUGGGACUCGUCGAUGCCGAUUAUAAGUUUAUUUAUGUCGACGUGGACUGCAAUGGGAGGAUUUCUGAUGGCGGUGUUUUUGCUGGUUGCACAUUGUUAGAGGCGUUAAAUAGGAGGCUGUUAAGCAUUCCUGAAAGUGAUCUUCUUCCGGGAACUGAUGACAACUCAUCAUUCCAUAUUCUUGGAGAUGAAGCAUUUCCAUUGAGAACAGAUCUUCUAAAGCCAUUUCCAUUUCGUAAUUUGAAGUACGCCCAAAGAGUUUUUAAUUACAGGCUUUCUAGGGCGAGGAGAGUGGAGAACGCCUUUGGCAUUUUGGCAAUGAAGUUUAGAGUUUUAUUAACUCGUAUUAAUCUUUCUCCAGAAAAGGCAUCGCAGUUAGUCAUGGCUGCAUGUACAUUACACAAUUAUUUGCGUAAUGAUCCCUACUACGUAGCACCAGGAUUACUUGACUACGAAGAUAACAUCCAUAGACCGGUUAAGGGUGCAUGGAGGCAGCAAGAAAAUCCCCUUAAAUCAGUUGGUUUGCCUUUUUUCUACACUCUAGGAGUAUGUAUUAUACUUUCUUGUAAGAUUAAACGUGUGGUUAAAAAUAAUAAAAUUAUUUUAGAAGUUUAUCUACUCUUUGUUUAA